UGAUAGGCCAUGCCCGCCGUCUAAGCUUCCUUUUCUCUUAACCAGCAGCAGCCAUGAGCAUGCUCAGGCUCCAGAAGCGGCUGGCAUCCAGCGUCCUGCGCUGUGGCAAAAAGAAGGUGUGGCUCGACCCCAACGAGACCAAUGAGAUUGCCAACGCCAACUCCCGGCAACAGAUCCGAAAACUGGUGAAGGAUGGGUUGAUCAUCCGGAAGCCUGUGACGGUGCACUCCCGCGCCCGCUGCCGCAAGAACACGCUGGCCCGUCGCAAGGGUCGCCAUAUGGGUGUCGGUAAGAGGAAGGGUACGGCUAAUGCCCGCAUGCCGGAGAAGCUGUGCUGGAUGCGACGCAUGAGGAUCCUGCGACGGCUGCUGCGUCGUUACAGGGAAUCCAAGAAGAUCGACAGGCACAUGUACCACCACCUCUACCUGAAGGUGAAGGGUAAUGUGUUCAAGAACAAGCGCAUCCUGAUGGAGCACAUCCACAAGCUUAAGGCAGACAAGGCCCGCAAGAAGCUCCUGGCCGACCAGGCUGAAGCUCGCCGCUCCAAGACCAAGGAGGCCCGUAAACGCCGUGAGGAGCGCCUCCAGGCCAAGAAGGAGGAGGUCAUCAAGACUCUGUCCAAGGAGGAGGAGGCCAAGAAGUGAGCUGCUUCCAUCCCCAGACCCCAUUCCAAUAAAAUCUUCAAAGACA